AUGGCUCCUCUACCGAUUAAAUUUACCGAACUGCUGCAGCUGACGAACCUUGACAUUGUGUCUGCGUCUAUCGGGUUCAAUUCAUGUACCCUUGAAUCCGAUAAAUUUGUUUGUAUUCGCCAGAAAGUAUCCGAAGCAGACAAAACCCAAGUUAUCAUCGUCAACCUAAAAAACAACAAUGAAGUCGUCCGACGACCCAUCAAUGCUGACAAUGCUAUAAUGCACUGGAACCAAAACAUCAUUGCGCUCAAGGCUCAAGGAAGAACUGUUCAAGUAUUUGACCUUCAAGUGAAGCAGAAACUCAAAUCCGCGGUGCUUUCGGAGGAUGUGGUGUACUGGAAAUGGUUUAGCGAGACCAGCUUGGGUCUGGUCACGGAUGCAGCCAUAUACCACUGGAAUGUGUUUGACACAUCACAGCAUGCUCCAGUAAAAAUGUUCGACCGCAUCUCCAAUCUAAAUGUAUGUCCAAAGAGUGUCAUUGUAUUCCAUUGGAAUUAUUUAGCUAACGAUUUAUGUUUCCAGACCAGCCAAAUCAUCAGUUAUAAAGUUAAUGAGGAUCAGAAAUGGAUGGUUGUUGUUGGCAUUAGCCAAGAGCAAGGGCGAAUUGUCGGGACAAUGCAGCUCCAUUCCGUCGAGCGUGGUAUUUCGCAAUACAUCGAAGGUCAUGCUGCAUCCUUUGCCUCUAUAUCUGUUGACGGUUCACCUUUGCCACAUAAACUCUUCACCUUUGCUGUUCGAACCCAAACCGGGGCAAAAUUACAAAUUGCAGAAAUAGACCAUCAGGAACCGAACCCAAAAUUUGUGAAGAAAGCAGUGGACGUUUAUUUCCCACCUGAGGCUACGAACGACUUCCCGGUCGCUAUGCAAGUCUCUAAAAAGUACGACAUUGUCUACCUAGUAACAAAGUUUGGCUUUAUUCAUCUCUAUGACCUUGAAACCGGCACCUGUAUCUUCAUGAACCGCAUCUCCAGCGAGACUAUUUUUGUUACUACUCCAGACUCCGAAUCCACCGGCCUAGUCGGGGUUAAUCGUAAAGGCCAAGUUCUCUCUGUCAGUGUCGAUGAAAGCACGAUAAUUCCUUACCUACUUGAUAACCCAGCCAAUACUUCGCUCGCUGUAAAAAUGGCAGCGAAAGCAGGUCUUCCUGGGGCUGAUAAUCUGCUUCAGAGGCAGUUCGAGACCUUGAUUGGCCAGCAAAACUAUAUGGAAGCCGCGAAAGUUGCGGCAAAUUCACCUCGCGGCUUUCUUCGUACCCCCGACACCAUCAAUCGUCUUAAAAGCGCCCCUCAGAGCGCACAGGGAAUGUCGGUUAUCCUUCAAUACUUUGGCAUGCUAUUAGACAAAGGUUCGCUGAACAAGCAUGAGAGUAUUGAACUGAUCCGCCCUGUCAUGCAACAGAGCCGAAAACACUUACUCGAAAAGUGGCUAGGUGAAGAUAAGCUCGAAUGCUCGGAAGAACUGGGCGAUAUUGUUCGACCGUAUGAUGUAGGAAUUGCCUUGGGGAUCUAUCUGAAGGCCAACAUCCCAAACAAAGUAGUAGCUGGAUUCGCGGAAACAGGUCAAUUCGAUAAGAUUCUUGCCUACUCUAAACAAGUUGGCUUUCAACCCGAUUAUGUUCAACUUCUUCAGCACAUUGUUCGGGUCAAUCCAGAAAAAUGUGCCGAAUUUGCUGCACAACUUGUGAGUGAUGAGAGCGGAGCGGUUGUCGAUUUAGAUCGCGUCGUCGAUGUGUUCAUUUCGCAAAGUAUGAUUCAGCAAGCAACUGCAUUUUUACUGGAUGCACUCAAAGACAACAAGCCUGAACAUGGCCAUCUACAAACUCGCCUGUUGGAGAUGAAUCUUGUCCAUGCCCCCCAAGUUGCCGACGCCAUUCUUGGGAACGAAAUGUUUACACAUUACGACAAAACCAGAGUCUCAAAGCUAUGUGAGAGCGCGGGCUUGUUCCAGCGUGCUUUGGAGAACACUGAAGACCCUACAGUCAUUAUGCGCAAUAUUGUCAGAACUGACAAAUUAAACCCUGAUUGGUUAACCACCUAUUUCGGUCGUCUGUCUGUCGAGCAGUCUUUGGAGUGUAUGAAUGAGAUGUUGAAGGUAAAUUUACGACAGAACCUUCAGGCAGUCGUCCAGCUAGCAACGAAGUAUUCAGACCUACUAGGGGCCGUCAACUUAAUUAACUUAUUGGAAAAAUAUCGCACCGCGGAAGGAUUAUACUACUAUCUCGGCAGCAUCGUUAAUUUAAGUGAAGACCCUGACGUUCACUUCAAAUAUAUAGAGGCCGCCACUAAGAUGGGGCAAAUGACAGAAGUUGAGCGCAUUUGUCGGGAGAGCAAUUCCUACAACCCUGAAAAGGUGAAAAACUUUCUCAAAGAAGCUCGCCUCACGGAACAACUUCCCUUGAUUAUCGUUUGCGACAGAUUCAAUUUCAUUCACGACCUUGUUCUCUACUUAUACCAAAACCAGCAGUACAAGUCAAUUGAGGUGUAUGUUCAGCAGGUUAAUCCGUCAAGGACCCCCGCUGUUAUUGGAGGUCUGCUUGAUGUAGAUUGUGAUGAAAAUAUCGUUAAAAAUCUUCUUUCAACAGUGGAUGCUUCAUCCAUUCCGAUCGAUGAACUGGUCGGUGAAGUUGAGAGCCGAAAUCGCUUGAAGAUUCUCCUGCCGUUCCUUGAAAAUACCCUUGCCACGGGCAACCAACAACAGGCUGUCUAUAACGCCCUCGCUAAAAUUUAUAUCGAUAGCAAUAACAACCCGGAGAAAUUUUUGAAGGAAAAUGAUCUCUACGAUCCACUUAUUGUCGGUAAAUAUUGCGAAAAGCGAGAUCCCAAUUUGGCGUAUAUUUCUUACCGAAAAGGUCAAAAUGACUUGGAGCUCAUCAACAUUACGAAUGAGAAUUCCAUGUAUCGUGCCCAGGCGCGAUAUCUUCUUGAGCGAGCCGAUCCUGAAAUAUGGGCAUUUGUCCUGAAUGGAAACAAUAUUCACCGCCGUUCUCUUGUUGACCAGGUCAUUGCUACUGCUGUUCCGGAAUCUUCUGAGCCAGAUAAGGUCUCAAUUGCCGUUAAAGCAUUCCUUGAUGCUGAUCUUCCCACUGAGUUAAUUGAACUUUUGGAAAAGAUCAUCCUAGAACCAUCACCUUUCAGCGAAAAUGGCAGUCUCCAGAAUCUUUUGAUGCUCACUGCAGCCAAGGCUGAUAAAGGAAGGCUAAUGGACUAUAUUCAUAAGCUCACUGAAUUCAAUUCUGAGGAAAUUGCAACGAUGUGUCUAUCCGUUGGGCUUUACGAAGAGGCCUUUGAAAUCUAUAAGAAAGUUGACAAUCACAUUGCUGCCACAAAUGUACUUGUGGAUCAUAUUGUCAGUAUUGAUAGAGCCCAAGAAUAUGCCGAGCGUGUCGAAAUUCCCGAAGUUUGGAGCAAGGUUGCAAAAGCCCAGCUUGAUGGGCUUCGUGUGUCUGAUUCUAUUGCCUCGUAUAUCCGCGCCGGGGAUCCCUCAAACUACAAUGAAGUUAUUGAGACUUCAACACAUGCUGGAAAAGAUGAGGAUCUAAUCGAGUUCUUAAAGAUGGCCCGGAAAACCCUUCGUGAACCCGCCGUCGACACUGCACUAGCUCUGUCGUUUGCUAGGCUCAACCAGCUUGCUGACCUUGAAGAUUUCCUCCGUACGGUCAAUGUUGCUGACAUUGAAGCUUCUGGCGAUAAAGCUUAUGAGGAGGGUUAUCAUGAGGCAGCCAAAAUAUUUUUCACUAGCAUUUCAAACUGGGCAAAACUUGCAACAACCCUUGUCCACCUUGAAGACUACCAAGCUGCCGUGGAAUGUGCUAGAAAGGGAAAUAAUGUCAAGGUCUGGAAGCAAGUAAACGAGGCUUGUGUUUCCAAAAAGGAGUUUAGACUCGCUCAGAUCUGUGGUCUCAAUCUUAUUGUGCACGCUGAAGAACUACAGGAUCUUGUUCGUCAAUAUGAGUGUAACGGCUACUUUGAUGAGCUUAUUGCCCUUCUUGAAGCGGGCUUGGGUCUGGAGAGGGCGCACAUGGGCAUGUUUACAGAGCUCGGCAUAGCUCUGUCGAAAUACCAUCCCGACAGAGUCAUGGAGCACCUUAAACUCUUUUGGACUCGUAUUAAUAUCCCAAAGAUGAUCCGUGGAUGCGAAGAGGCGAAUCUGUGGCCAGAGCUUGUGUUCCUAUACUGUCAUUAUGAUGAAUGGGAUAAUGCGGCAUUGGCGAUGAUGGAACGAGCAGCAGAUGCGUGGGAGCACCAUUCUUUCAAAGACAUCAUUGUCAAGGUUGCAAACCUCGAAAUAUACUAUCGUGCUCUGAACUUUUACUUGCAAGAACAGCCUCUACUUCUCACUGAUCUUCUGCAAGCUCUCACUGCAAGGGUUGAUGUAAAUCGAGUCGUCCGUAUGUUUGAGAAAUCGGAUAAUAUCCCUCUGAUCAAGCCGUUCUUGCUUAAUGUGCAGUCGCAGAACAAGAAGGCAGUCAAUAGUGCCAUUAAUGAUCUAUUGAUCGAAGAAGAAGACUACAAGACGCUGCGCGAUUCCGUUGAAAAUUAUGAUAACUACGACCCUGUGGAACUAGCCCAGAGGCUUGAGAAACACGAGUUGGUAUUCUUUCGACAGAUUGCGGCCAAUAUAUACCGUAAGAAUAAGCGGUGGGAGAAGUCGAUCUCACUGUCGAAGCAGGACAGACUCUUUAAGGACGCGAUCGAAACUGCUGCGAUCUCGGGCAAAAGUGAUGUUGUCGAGGAGCUGUUGCGCUAUUUCGUCGACAUUGGUAGCCGCGAGUGCUAUGUCGGCAUGCUGUACGCCUGCUACGAUCUCAUCCGGCCAGACGUAGUGCUGGAGAUGUCUUGGCGGCACGGGCUCCACGACUUCACCAUGCCUUAUAUGAUUAAUAUGCUGAGCCAGCAGGUACGGACGAUUGAGAUGCUGAAGAAGGAUAACGAGGAACGAAAGACCAAGGAGGCCGCGCAGCAGAAGGAGGAAGACAAUACGCCCGUGCUUGGUGGAUCACGGCUGAUGCUGACGCAGGGGCCGGCGAGCCCAGCAGUCCACAGUAUGCCUUUUGGUGGAUCGAUGAACGGAAUCACGCCGCAGGCCACGGGGUUCCGCCCAUUCUAG